AAAGCCAAUGGUGGGGAAGGAGGGAAAGGGUUUUGCGAGGGGGUCCAGGAUGAGAAGCCCCUGGACGGGGAGAAGAGAAGGGAGGAAAGGGAGCUGUUUUUUAAAUGGGGGCUUUGAAGGCGGAGGGGGGGGGAGAGAAAAAAGAUUCCUCCUUCAGGGAUGUGGUGCAAAGGGGGAGAGGACUGGGCAUUGCCGACCAGCAGGGGCGUAGCCAGGGGGGGCAGGGGGCAGUUGCCCCCCUAGAACACAAGCGUACCUAGGGGGGUACGCUAGCCUACGCCCCAAAAAGGAGAGAAAAGCUCCGUCUCCCCCCCCCCCCUCCGUCUUUGGCAGGGAAAAGAGCAGAGGACUGCCCCCUCCCCUUGGGCCAACGUCCACGCCCCCGGGGAUCCCGGUCAUUACGUCAUCACCAGCCAGCCAAUCGGGUGGCUGGACGUGGCGGCGUGGCCGGGCCCCUUUAGCGAGCGGAGAGGCUGGGGGAAAUGCUUUGCAUGUGCCUCUACUCCGCGCUAACGCUUUCCGGGCCGGUGCCUUGCCUUCAGAGCUCCAGAGGCCAGACCCUUGUCUCCAGACCCUUGCCUCCAGUCCUCCAGACCCGCGCAGGGGAUCGUGCUUCGCUGUUGCUGCCCCCCUGCCUCACCUGGCUAGAUCCAUUCCCUGCCUGGCUGGAUCCCUGCCUUGUCGGCCUCCACCAGGAAGCUGCAACUUGCUCUGUUUUCUGCUCUCCUCAGGAAGCUGAACAUGCAAACCUAGCUGAGACGGAACCUGCAAACCUGGCCAGGAUGGAAGGAGGAAGAUGGACGGUUGACCUGGUCAGGCUGUCUCCUGCAUCCCUCCCCACAACCUCUGAGCAUUCCCUCCCAGGACCCAGGGAGAAAUCUGGUGAGGAAGAUGAGGGCCAGAAUUCUAUGGAGCCACCUGUGACUUCAUUGGGAAGAACAAAGAAACAGUUUAAAUGCAUGGAAUGUGGGAUGUACUAUAGUCACAGUGAAACACUUAGAAUACAUCAACAAAUUCACACAGGGAAGAAAUCAUUGGAACGUAUAGAGUGUGGAAAAAGCAUCAGUCAAAAUGGAGCACUUCAAAUACAUCAAAGAACUCACACGGGGGAGAAACCAUUUGAAUGCAUUGAAUGUGGAAAGAGCUUCAGUGGAAGUGGAGACCUUAGAAGACAUCAAAGAACUCACACGAGGGAGAAACCAUUUAAAUGUACUGAAUGUGGAAAGAGCUUCAGUCAAUAUGGACACCUUAUAAGACAUCAACAAACUCACACAGGGGAGAAACCAUUUGAAUGUAUUGAAUGUGGAAAGAGCUUCAAUCAAAAUGGACAACUUAUAAGACAUCAACGAACCCACAGGGGGGAGAACCCAUUUAAAUGUAUUGAAUGUGGAAAGAGCUUCAGUGGAAUUGGAGACUUUAGAAUACAUCAACAAACUCACAGAGGGGAGAAACCAUUUGAAUGUAUUGAAUGUGGAAAGAGCUUCAGUCGAAAUGGACACCUUAGAACACAUCAACGAACUCACACGGGGGAGAAACCAUUUACAUGUAUUGAAUGUGGAAAGAGCUUCAGUCGAUAUGGAAACCUUAGAACACACCAACGAACUCACACGGGAGAGAAACCAUUUAAAUGUAUUGAAUGUGGAAAGAGCUUCAGUGGAAGUGGACACCUUAGAAGACAUCAACGAACUCACACGGGGGAGAAACCAUUUGAAUGUAUUGAAUGUGGAAGAAGCUUCAGUGGAAGUGGAGACCUUAGAACACACCAACGAACUCACACAGGGGAGAAACCAUUUGAAUGUAUUGAAUGUGGAAAGAGCUUCAUUGAAAAUGGAGCACUUAAAAGACAUCAAAGAACUCACACGGGGGAGAAACCAUUUAAAUGUAUUGAAUGUGGAAAGAGCUACAGUGGGAGUGGAGACCUUAAAAUACAUCAACGAACUCACACAGGGGAGAAACCAUUUAAAUGUAUUGAAUGUGGAAAGAGCUUCAGUGGAAGUGGACACCUUAGAAGACAUCAACGAACUCACACGGGGGAGAAACCAUUUGAAUGUAUUGAAUGUGGAAGAAGCUUCAGUCAAUAUGGACACCUUAGAAGACAUCAACGAACUCACACAGGGGAGAAACCAUUUGAAUGCAUUGAAUGUGGAAAGAGCUUCAAUCGAUAUGGACACCUUAGAAGACAUCACCGAACCCACACGGGGGAGAAAUCAUUCAAAUGUACUGAAUGUGGAAAGUGCUUCCGUCAAAAUGGAGUACUUAGAAUACAUCAACGAACCCACACGGGGGAGAAACCAUUUGAAUGUAUGGAAUGUGGAAAGUGCUUCCGUCAAAAUGGAGUACUUAGAAUACAUCAACGAACCCACACGGGGGAGAAACCAUUUGAAUGUAUUGAAUGUGGAAAGAGCUUCAGUGAAAGGGGACACCUUAGAAUACAUAAACGAACUCACAUGGGGGAGAAACCAUUUAAAUGUUUUGAAUGCGGAAAGAGCUUCACUCAAAAUGCAAACCUCAGAAUACAUCAACGAACUCACACAGGGGAGAAACCAUUUAAAUGUAUCGAAUGUGGAAAGAGCUUCAGUGGAAGUGGACACCUUAGAAUACAUCAACGAACUCACACAAGGGAGAAACCAUUUGAAUGUAUUGAAUGUGGAAAGAGCUUUAAUGAAAGUGGAAACCUUAGGAGACAUCAACGAACUCACACGGGGGAGAAACCAUUUGAAUGUAUUGAAUGUGGAAAGUGCUUCAGGCGAAAUGAACACCUUAGAAUACAUCAACGAACUCACACGGGGGAGAAACCAUUUGAAUGUAUUGAAUGUGGAAAGGGCUUCAUUGAAAGUGGAGCACUUAGAAAACAUCAACGAACUCACACGGGGGAGAAACCAUUUGAAUGUACUGAAUGUGGAAAGAGCUUCAGUGGAAAUGGAGGCCUUCGAACACACCAACGAACUCACACGGGAGAGAAACCAUUUGAAUGUAUUGAAUGUGGAAAGAGCUUCGGUUACAGUGGAGCACUUAGAAUACAUCAACGAACUCACACAGGGGAAAAACCAUUUAAAUGUAUUGAAUGUGGAAAGAGCUUCAGUGAAAAUGGAGCUCUUAGAAUACAUCAACGAACUCACACAGGGGAAAAACCAUUUAAAUGUACUGAAUGUGGAAAGUGCUUCAUUCGAAAUGGACACCUUAGAAGACAUCAACGAACUCACACGGGGGAGAAACCAUUUGAAUGUAUUGAAUGUGGAAAGAGCUUCAGUGAAAAUGGACACCUUAGGAAACAUCAGCUUACUCAUGCAGGGGGGAAACCAUAGAUAUUUGGAAAGAGCUUCAGGGGGAGUGGAGAUCUUAAUAUUAAUAAGCAAAUUCACAUGGGGGGGAUUGUAUAUAAUGUUUUCCACUCAGGUUUCCCAGCUUUCCUGGGAAGUGAAGAUGACUGUCAAGUCUCUGGAUGUUUCAAAAAGAAUAAUCUAAUGACAAAAAUAAAGAAAGUGGAAAUACUCUAAUGGCAAAAUUGAUAUCUGACCACAACCCGGUGAUGUUAGAGAUGAGAGAAGGCAAAAAGAAAAGUAAGGGAUGGAGAUUAAAUGGGAGGUUAUUAAAUGAUGAUAAAUUAGUUGAAAACACAAAUAAAUUGAUGAAAGAAUAUUUUGAAUUAAAUAUGAUACAAGAAACAGAUUUGAGAACAGUGUGGGAUGCGGGAAAGGCAUGUAUAUGGGGUUUUUAUAUACAGCAAAAUAUAAUACAAAAAAGAAAUAGAGAAGCUAAGUCAAAUAAGAUAAAACAGAAGAUUGCAGAUAAUGAAAAAUUAUUUGCUAAAUCACCCAAGGAUGUGCAAGUGAAUAAAAAAAAUUAAAAUACUACAAGCUCAUCUAUCAACAAUAUUGAGUGAGGACAUGGAAAAUAGAAUAAAAUGGAUGAAACAAAAAUCAUUCAAAUUAGGCAAUAGACUAGAUAAACUCUUAGCGUGGAUGAUCAAGAAAAAACAGAAGGAGAAAUAAAUAAGGUAAUAUUUUGUUGUUUAGUCGUUUAGUCGUGUCCGACUCUUCGUGACCCCAAGGACCAUAGCACGCCAAGCACUCCUGUCUUGCACUGCCUCCCGCAGUUUGGUCAAACUCAUUUUCGUAGCUUCGAGAACACUGUCCAACCAUCUCGUCCUCUGUCGUCCCCUUCUCCUAGUGCCCUCAAUCUUUCCCAACAUCAGGGUCUUUUCCAGGGAGUCUUCUCUUCUCAUGAGGUGGGCAAAGUAUUGGAGCCUCAGCUUCAGGAUCUGUCCUUCCAGGGAGCACUCAGGGCUGAUUUCCUGAAGAAUGGAUAGGUUUGAUCUUCUUGCAGUCCAUGGGACUCUCAAGAGUCUCCUCCAGCACCAUAAUUCAAAAGCAUCAAUUCUUCGGCGAGAGAAUUGAUGCUUUUGAAUAGAGGAAUCUAUUACAAUACCGAUUAAUAAUUUAAUGAAUAAAAUAAUGUUGGAAGGUGAAAUCCCCAAUUCAUGGCAAGAGGCUAAUA